GGUUUUUCCACAAAGAGCAUAUUCCAACUAUAUAUAUAUUGGAUGUGCAUAUCUGCAUGUCAACCUCUUCUCCUGCUUCUUUCAAAUUUCAAUCUCCUUUCCAAUUUCUUCAAAAUCUCUUCUUUUUAUUUUAUUUUUAUUUUUAUUAAAAAAGAAAAUCUUUUUUCUACAAAAAUCUUCCAAACCAAUCCUCAAAAGAUCUAACCAACCCAAAUUUUCAAUUUUCAUCUUCAAAUUUAGUUAGAAUUCUCACAAUCCUUGAAUCUCUCCCCCUAAAUCUCGCUUACCCAUAUCUCUAUAUAUCUCAAACAGCAAAACCCAGAGUAGUUGUUUAUUUCCUGACAAUGGUGGUGAAGAUGAUAAGGUGGCCUCCAUGGCCUCCUCUGUUGUCGAAGAAAUUUGAAGUGCGAAUUUUGGUUAAACGGCUGAAAGGAUUGGACAUGGGAGGAGAGUUUGAGGGAGAGAGAAAAGUGGGUGUUGAGUUGAAGUGGAAGGGCCAAAAGGGUAUGGGUUUGGGUUCUCUGAGACGCUCGGUGAAGAGGAACUUCACUAAAGAGAGCGAUGUUUCCGAUGAUGGGGUGGUCGAAUGGGACGAAGAGUUUCAGAGUUUGUGUAAUUUUUCGGGUCCCAAGGAGGGUUUGUUUUAUCCAUGGGACCUCACAUUCACGGUCUUCACAGUUAGGAAACUAGGAUUGAAGAGUAGGGCCAGUGUUCUUGGAACUGCAUCAUUGAACCUAGCAGAUCAUGCUUCUUUAACCGAGCAAAAGGAGCUUGAAUUCAACAUUCCUCUUAAUGUCCCCGGUUUCACAUCCGAAAAUAGUAGCUCACUAAGCCUAUGUCUCAGCAUGAUGGAAUGGAAAACUGGUCAAGGGCUUUCAGAGACAGUGCAGGGAUUAAUAUCAACAUCACCAUCACCGUUGUCAUCACCAUUACCGUCACCAUGUUUUCUUUCACCUCGUUAUUCUGAUGCUAUCCCAUCAGAUAAAGAUGAGUUUUCAGCUCUUAAAGCGGGCCUCAGAAAAGUGAAAACUUUUAAAGAAUUUGUGUCUGGUAGAAAAGUUAGAACGAAACGUUGUGAAGAAGAGGGCAGUGAUGGUAGGGCUUCCAUUAGAAGUGACGAUGGUGCUUGCCAUUAUCCAUGCGACACAGAUUCACUUGAUAAUGAUGCUGAGGGGGAGUUGGAGGAGAGCAAGGAGGAUUUUGGUGUUAGGCAUUCUGUCAGUUAUGAAACUUUGGCCCUUGCAAACUGUGCUCGGGGGUCAUUCUAUUCCAAUGCUAAUAUCAAUGAUGAAGAUGAAUGUUGGGUAUAUUAUAGCAACCGUAAAUCGGACGUUGGUUGUUCGCCUCUUGAGAAUUCUAGUUCAAUGGUAUCUGCCCAGAUUUUGCAGCAGGGAUCAAAGCGAAAAAUCUUGUCUUGGAAGAAAAGGAAACUGAGCUUCAGAUCUCCAAAAGCCAAAGGCGAGCCUCUCCUGAAAAAGCAUUACGGAGAAGAUGGUGGGGAUGAUAUUGAUUUCGAUCGCAGGCAGCUUAGCUCCUCUGAUGAAUCCAGUUUUGGGUGGAAUUCCAUGACUGGUGGAUCAUCUGUAUCUGAAUUUGGGGAUGAUAACUUUGCUGUGGGCAGUUGGGAGAGCAGAGAAGUAACAAGCCGCGAUGGGCACUUGAAGCUACAGACGCAAGUCUUUUUUGCUUCAAUUGAUCAAAGAAGUGAACGUGCUGCUGGAGAGAGCGCAUGUACGGCCCUUGUUGCUGUCAUUGCUAAUUGGUUGCAAUCCAAUCCUGAUGAGAUGCCCAUCAAGUCUGAAUUUGAUGGCUUGAUAAGAGAUGGAUCAUCAGAGUGGAGAAACCUCUGUGAGAACGAGGUGUACAUAGAGCGGUUCCCUGACAAACACUUUGAUCUUGAUACAGUCCUGCAAUCUAAGAUCCGUCCUCUUGAUGUAGUCCCAGAGAAAUCCUUUAUUGGUUUCUUCCGACCUGAAGGUCUGGAAGAAGGUGAACUUGACUUCCUUCAUGGGGCCAUGUCCUUUGAUAGCAUAUGGGAUGAGAUCAGCCAUUCUGCAUCACAUUCCUUGUCUAAUGAUCAAUCUCCUUUGAUCUACAUCAUUAGUUGGAACGACCAUUUCUUUGUUCUAAAGGUAGAGCAGGAUGCUUACUACAUAGUUGACACUUUGGGCGAGAGGCUUUAUGAGGGAUGCAAUCAGGCCUAUGUUCUGAAAUUUGACAAAGACACUGUAAUCCGAAGUUUACCAAAUGAGUCUCAAACAUCAGAUGAGAAACCUGCCACCACCACUCCGAAGGGACAAGUCAACAACUCAAAGGAAACAAAAGCUGAAGAAACUCUCUCGGUCAGCCAAAGCGAGUCAGAAAACAAAGAUAAAGAAGAGGUGGUUGUUUGCAAAGGCAAGGAGUCAUGCAAGGAGUACAUCAAGAGCUUCUUGGCUGCAAUUCCCCUAAGGGAACUGCAGGUGGAUCUCAAGAAGGGCUUAAUGGCAUCAACGCCAAUUCAUCACCGUCUACAAAUCGAAUUCCACUACACCGAAUUCCUUCAACCCAUGUCUGAAUAUUCAAUGAAAGAACUGACAGCAGAAGCACCAGCAACAAUGGAAAUGGCACUGGCAGUUGCAUAGUGUUGACUUCAUUGUUCUGAUCCAUUUUGUAUAUCUUUUUUUUGGUGGAGUUUGUGGGGGAAAUGGAUCCAAACAAGAGAUCAUUUUCCAGUACUGCUCUUCUUCUCAUUUUUGUGUUUGUAAAUCUCGGGAAAGGGAAGUAAUUCCCUUUCCUUUGUCCGAUUUAUAGCGCCUUCAUUUGUCUAAUUUGUUCGAUUCCCCUACUCCUAUAAGGAUGAGAAUUUAAAUGAGAAUUCUCAGACCGCUAAUUUUAUUUUAACUUUGAUAGAAUCUCUUAAAAUAAAGAACUUGCAGACAAAAGCAAAGACAGAAAAUCAAGAAAUGUUUAUUUUUUCUA